CCCCAGCGGGCACGCGGGGAUUAUUACCAGCGGGACACACAUACUAGCUAGAAGCGGUGUGUCUCUCUGUCGUCCGUCCAGGUUAAUGCUGCUAUAUCACAGAGCGGACAACAUUUAGACACAUGACAUUUUAAACACCGGUGCUGAAACCAUCACGGCUGGAUGAGUGGGCCAACCUUCACGUCCCCCUCUGCAGAGGUGGCCGAGAUGAACCGCAUCCAUUAUGAGCUGGAGUACACAGAGGGUAUCAGCCAGCGCAUGCGGAUCCCUGAGACCCUCAUGGUGGCCCCGGAGAAGCAGACUGGGGCUCUGCCACUUCAGCAAUCCCUGCCCAUUCACACAACUAUGAUGCAGGUGCCAGAGAGGAUUGUCGUCGCAGGUGACGAUGGGGACCCUCUGUUUUCCCGUCCCAGAGACUUGGACCUGAUCCAGUCCGUCCCUUCUGUGGACCUCCUGAACAUGAAGGCCCCUCCACGUAUCCUCACCCUUACAGAACAGCCACUGGACUCCCUCGAAACUGAUCAAGCUGCCUCACCACAAAGCAAUCCCAGCCAGGCGGCCCACUUUCACGCUCGGUCUCGACGAGAACGCAGUGCGAGUGAGAACAUAUCAGGCCGCUACGGCAGUCAGAUGGUCAGAGGUGAUGUAAGUGUAACCCCUUCCCCUUCUGCCCCCCCAGUCCGCUUGUGUCCCCCUCUCUGUUCCCCUGAGGAUGCAAACAUCAACCUGUUCACAGCUACAGGCUUCUUGUCUUAUAUCCAGUCAACAACACGCCGGGCAUACCAGCAGGUCCUCGAAGUCCUGGACGACAACCACCGCAGGACACACCUGGACAUGACCCUGGAUAUGAACCCUGAUGAGUCUGGCUUAGUGGACGCCUCCUCACUACGACGACAGAUUGUGAAGCUGAACCGGCGUCUGCAGCUGCUGGAGGAGGAAAACAAAGAACGCUCCAAGCGAGAGGUGAUCCUGUACUCUGCUACUGUGGCUUUCUGGCUUAUUAACACCUGGAUCUGGUUCCGUCGCUAAGAUGAGACAAGACUGAGUCUCCCGAAACACUGGAAGCUGAAGCAAUUCCUUGUUUAAGGUGCAACCAUUAAAAUCCCAAGCCUUAACUCCAUCUAAAGGCAACCAAAGGGAGCUACAACAUUACUUGCAAAUGUUUACCACGAUUCUCUAUGGUUUUUAUAGCAAAUUGUAUUGGAAUUUCACUUAAGAUUCCUAGGCUUAGCACCACCAAGACAAGACCCAAGACAGAAAACAUAACCAAUGUUUACAAAAGUGAUGAUAUAGCUGUGUUUUAUACAGACCUAAUGUUACUACAUUUGACAUUGGCUACUAUUUAUAUCUUUACAGCUGACUACAAACUGGAUCUGCUAUGCUAAAGUUAGCAUAUGUCAUGUUCAAAGAUGAGUAAAUGUCUUUCAUUGCUGGGUAAGCUGUCAGACGAUUAGCAAGACAAAGCACAAUAACGCUAUAGCUAGGUGUGUGGAAAUUGCUAGCAACUGCUUUGAUGUAGUGAGUUGGAGCAACAGCAUAUUCUCUAUUGAGCCAAAAUUAGCUACUAUACAAGCUGCUCAGUCAGAGACUUUAUAGCUUUCUCAACCUUUUCAAAUUCUGCACUGAUGUUUCUUUGAGUUUUGGAGAAGCUCAGUGUGAUGGAAUAUAAUGACUAAUUUAAAAGUAGCAAAGGAGCGUCUGGCAUUAAUCAGCAUUUGUUUCUGCCAAAAAACAAGGAAAAUAUUACUGAUUGCACUUUUAAGCUUGAUAAAUCCUUUGCACAGCAACAACAGAUGUUACAGUGAUGCUUGUCGUCAUUCAUCUUCAUGGGAGUAAAGUAAAACUCUGAAAGAGACUUUAAUAGCUUCAGGAGAAGAAUGAUUGGAGGGUAAACAAGGAUUUACUUAAGCGACAAAUGUUUUGGGAGCCCAUCCCAGACCUGGGUCUAUAGUUACAGGACCAAGCCUCAGACCUGACUUGUGUUGUCUGUCAAAAACUACCAUUCUUAAAGUGUCAAAGUGAGACGACUAAAUCUAGAGAUGCCAUAACAUUACUCUGAAUGUUCUUUGAGUUCUGCGUUACCCAAAACAUUUGUGUACAGUACUUGAAUAGCCUGUUGUGGAAAUGGUGUAGUUUGUCCCUAAUGUUUGUUUUUUACCUCUUUGACGGUCACUUGCCUAUGGAUUCUGUUAUAAGCUUUAUCAAGUGACAAUAACAAUAAUAAGGGUUGGGUACUUGGGGUAUUUUCUGUGAAGUGAUCAUAUUUUUCAUCCUGCUGAUACAGUUUGAGGUUGUUUUUUCCACAGAAUUUGACCGCUCAUGGUUUUCCACUGUAACCUUCAAGACUACAAGCAUGGACUAAGUGGUUUUAUUCAUCAUACAGUGUGACAUAAAUUGUAUAGCUACUGUCUGUAUGAUCAUGUGUAAUAGAUGGAUAUGUAAAUGAAAUAUGUCAUUAUUUUACAUUAAUGAGAUGAGUUAAUGGAGUUGUAUUCGUCACACAUUGAAGAGGCAUCAACACAAUGUUGUUUUUGUCUGUUAAGCACUCUACCUAUGACUUUUGAGUUUGAGAUUUAAGUUAAUAUGUUACUUCCUUUGUAAUAUAUGAAUACAUGCAUUGUUUGUUAAUAUUUUUGCUGUAAUAAAUGAUGGAUGUGGAUUUCCUCCA